AUGCCCUCCCACGUCCCAGACAGUCUCGAAGGCUGGUGGUGCGACGCAGCGGACGAGUAUGCCUUCGUCGGCUUCAGUUACGAGGUCACCGCAUGCCAGAGCUUGGGUCAACUCAGGUCUGAGUUUCGUGACAUCCGGACGACCUUCAACUCUCGCUACGUUCGGCUCUAUGGCGCUUGUGAUCGUAAGGGCUUUUACGAUGAUAUUGUUACAGCUGCAUGGGAGAACACCCUCGGCGUUCAUGCCUUGAUAUGGUUCGGAUUUGACGGAUCCGACAUAUGGAUCUCUCGACGCAACACCCUCUUCAAAGCCUUGCAUGCAAAUCCCAAGGCCAAAUACAUUACCCGAGUUCUUCAAUUCGGUUCAGAGCCUCUUUUUGACGAUGUCCUGAGCCCUGAUGACCUCACGACUCAAGUCAAAGCGGCGAAGGCCAACCUCUCUAGCCUUCAUAUUCCGGUCACAGUGUCAGAAUUAGCGUAUGGAUACCAGGAGAGGGGUGGCGCUCAGAACGUCCUGGAUGCCAUAGACUCGAUCAACAUCCAUAUGCUCCCAUUCUUCAGUCAAGAUGCAUCAACGGCGAAUAACUCAUGGCCUAUAGUCGUCAAUGAGAAUCUGGAUUGGUUCAUUCAGCAUGGCUCUGGAAAGAAGAUGUAUUUUGACGAGAACGGAUGGCCCUCCGUGACCUCGCCCAGUGUGCAACCCAAUAGUCCAAACGCCGUCGCCAACGUAGCCAACGAACAUGAAUAUUACAAUGUCCUCGACCAACACUGCGAGGAUCUGAAGAAGGUGGUGGGAGGUGGCGUAGGCUGGUUCGCACACAUCUACAGCGAUGACCAAGAACCAGGCUAUGGCAUUUACAACUCGGCGGGGGCUUUGAAGUUCCCAUUCCAUCCAAGGACGCAUUGCUAA